GAGUACGAAGUAGUGGCCGUUGGUUGGGAUGAGUACGGAGUAGCGGCCGUUGGUUGGGAUGAGUACGGAGUAGCGGCCGUUGGUUGGGAUGAGUACGGAGUAGCGGCCGUUGGUUGGGAUGAGUACGGAGUAGCGGCCGUUGGUUGGGAUGAGUACGGAGUAGCGGCCGUUGGUUGGGAUGAGUACGGAGUAGCGGCCGUUGGUUGGGAUGAGUACGGACGACCAUUGGUUGGGAUGAGUACGGAGUAGCGGCCGUUGGUUGGGACGAGUACGGAGUAGCGGCCGUUGGUUGGGACGAGUACGGAGUAGCGGCCAUUGGUUGGGAU